CAGCUGCUCAUGCUCCUUGGCACUGCUGAUGGUCAGUCAAAGCAGACCUCCGAGCAGAAUGCCAUCAGCCUCUCCCCUGGCAAGUACCGCCACUUUGACCAUGCCACCAACGAAGAGCUGAUCUGCGACAAAUGUCCCGCAGGAACCUAUGUGUCUAAACCUUGUACGAAGAGUACCUUAAGAGAGUGCAACCCUUGUCCGGAUGGGACCUUUACUAGGCAUGAGAACGGCAUAGAGCGGUGCCACCCUUGUAGAAAACCCUGUGAACUGCCAAUGAUUGAGAAAACUCAUUGUACUGCCUUGACUGACCGCGAGUGCACUUGCCUGUCAGGUACGUUUCAGACAAACGACACCUGCGUCCCUUACACGGUGUGCCCGGUCGGCUGGGGCGUCCGCAAGAAAGGAACCGAGACGGAAGACGUUAGGUGCAAGCCGUGCCCUCGUGGUACCUUUUCUGAUGUGCCUUCUAGUGUGAUGAAGUGCAAAACAUACACUGACUGCUCUGUGAAAAACAUGGUGGUCAUCAAGCCGGGGACAAAGGAGAGUGACAACGUCUGUGGUUCUCCAGCGUCUCUUCCGAACACAUCUUUGACUUCGUCAAGCACCGAAGCCGGUGAAGAGCCCUAUGAGGUUCCACCAACCACUCAUCUUCCCAAAGGUUUGAACUCUUCAGUUCCUGAUGUUGUCCCCUCUCCUGUGCCACAAACAUCCAGUGGUACGACGGAGCUGGUGGGCUACUACAACAAAACCUCGGCCAACGAGACGGACAGCGCCCGUGGGACCCUUGCGGACUCCAACACUGCUGGCCAGGCGCAGAGCUACCGGCACAAGCAGACCAGCCGAGCGCUGGAGAAGCAGCCGUUGCUGGAGAUGUCAGGGGGCGAGAAGUCCAGCGUCCCAUACAGGCCCCCCCGACGAGGUCCGCAGAACGUCCACCAGCACUUCGACAUCAAUGAACACUUGCCAUGGAUGAUCGUCCUCUUCCUGCUGCUGGUCCUGGUGGUUAUCGUCGUCUGCAGCGUCAGGAAGAGCUCACGGACUCUGAAGAAGGGACCCAGACAAGAUCCCAGUGCCAUUGUGGAGAAAGCUAUUAUGAAAAAGUCCACCACCCCCACACAGAACAGGGAGAAGUGGAUCUAUUACUGCAACGGGCACGGCAUCGACAUCCUGAAGCUGGUGGCAGCCCAGGUGGGGAGCCAGUGGAAGGACAUCUACCAGUUCCUGUGCAACGCCAGCGAGCGCGAGGGAAAAAAAAUGCACACCGAGCGCCCCUAUGCCGCCUUGCAGCACUGGCCCAUCCGCGGCCCCGAGGCCAGCCUGGCCCAGCUCAUCAGUGCCCUCCGCCAGCACCGCCGCAACGACGUGGUGGAGAAGAUCCGAGGCCUGAUGGAGGACACCACACCACUGGAACCUGACAGACUGGCACUGCCGGUGAGCCCCAGCCGGCUCAGCCCUGUGCCCAGCCCCAGCCCCAAGCCCCCCGGGGCGGCCGUCCUCCCCGUGGAGCCCUCUCCUUCGGAGAAGAACACCUCCAGCGGCUCCUCCGCGCUCAGCCGGACGGGCUCUUUUAUUACCAAAGAAAAGAAGGACACCGUCCUGCGCCAGGUGCGCUUGGACCCCUGCGACCUGCAGCCCAUCUUCGACGACAUGCUGCACAUCCUCAACCCCGAGGAGCUCCACGUGAUAGAGGAGAUCCCGCAGGCUGAAGACAAGCUGGACAGGCUAUUUGAGAUUGCCGGAGUCAAGAGCCAGGAAGCCAGCCAGACCCUCCUGGACUCUGUCUAUAGCCACCUUCCCGACUUGCUGUAGGCACUGGGUCACCACGCACUCUCCGAAUAUCUGCUAGAGCUAGCUUGGCACUCGUUAAGAUGACCGACAAUACGCAGGCAGGUCUUCUUGUAGAAUAUAUGGCCAGUAUUUGCGUUGAGGUGUCCUUGGUUUCUGGAGGGGGGGCAGUUUGCCAGCGUUGCACCCCUCCACCUUAACUCUGUCGCUCAGUCCGAGUCUUUGCACCCUCUGCCCUCUUCCCGAGCAUCUCUUCUCCUUGUGCUCGUUCCAAUCAGAUCAGUCGAUGCACUUUAAA